ACGCCUCUCCUCCUCUCUGCUUCUUCACUUCACUACUCUAUUUCUCUCCGUCAUCUAUGGCUCCUUCUUCAUCACCUCUUCGUACUACUACUAGUGAAACGGAUGAAAAAUAUGCGAAUGUGAAAUGGGAAGAGCUUGGAUUCGCUCUGACUCCAAUAGAUUAUAUGUAUGUAGCCAAAUGCAAACAAGGAGAGAGCUUUUCACAAGGAAAGAUUGUUCCUUAUGGCGAUAUUUCAAUUAGCCCUUGUUCUCCGAUUCUCAAUUAUGGUCAGGGACUAUUUGAAGGUCUCAAAGCUUACAGGACAGAGGACGACCGGAUUAGGAUUUUCCGGCCUGACCAAAACGCUCUUCGCAUGCAAACUGGUGCGGAGAGGCUUUGUAUGACACCUCCUUCUCUGGAGCAUUUUGUCGAGGCUGUUAAGCAAACUGUGCUUGCCAACAAGAAAUGGGUUCCUCCUCCGGGUAAAGGAACUUUGUAUAUUAGGCCUCUGCUAAUAGGGAGUGGUGUUAUCCUUGGAGUAGCUCCAGCACCUGAGUACACGUUUCUCAUAUAUGCAUCUCCCGUAGGAGAUUACCAUAAGGUAAGCUCAGGCUUGAACCUCAAAGUAGAUCAUACGUCUCACCGAGCCCAUUCAGGUGGAACGGGUGGUGUCAAGAGCUGCACAAAUUAUUCUCCUGUUGUGAAAUCGUUGUUCGAAGCAAAGUCAGCGGGUUUCUCUGAUGUCUUGUUCCUGGACGCGGCAACUGGUAGAAACAUCGAAGAGCUUACUGCUUGUAACAUCUUCAUUCUCAAAGGAAACAUUGUGUCCACUCCACCAACUUCAGGAACCAUUUUACCUGGAGUCACGAGGAAAAGCAUUAGUGAGCUAGCUCGUGAUAUUGGAUACCAGGUUGAAGAACGUGAUGUUUCUGUUGAUGAGCUACUAGAGGCAGAAGAAGUUUUCUGCACAGGGACUGCAGUGGUCGUUAAAGCUGUUGAAACUGUGACCUUCCUUGACAAGAAGGUAAAAUACAGGACAGGAGAAGCGGCAUUGUCAACGAAGCUUCACUCGAUGUUAACCAAUAUUCAGAUGGGGGUUGUUGAAGAUAAGAAAGGUUGGAUGGUGGAGAUCGAUCGCUGUCAAGGUUGAGAGAAGAAGUUUAGAAAGUUGAUGAUCAACGUGUAUUUUCCUCUUCUCAUGUGUUGGUUUUUCUUAGGACUUUUUUUUUCAUGUGACUUGUAAUAAUGAAGACUCUUAAGAAUG